UGAACCAAUUAGGGUCAACGUGCGCAGAACACGCAAAAACUCGUCGUGCAUUAAGUAUGAUCUUUCGUGAAACGAAUAAUUGAAUUGGUGACCGCACAUGCGCUUACAUUCAAAUUUUUAUCUUUAAAACAAAACUGUUCUUAUCUUUUACGGAAGGAUAUAAAUUAUACCGCAAAUAUGAAUCAGCAAGAAGUAUCCUUACAAAAUAAUUCACUGCAUUCAUAAUCUAUUUGAUUUAGUGUCAUCCACGCAGUCUAAAUAAUACAGUUUUGUUCAUGUUUUAGUAAGGAAUUGUAGAUGAAAAUAAGCAAAUAAAGUUUAUAUGUCAGGCUUCAAAAUAAAAACGUUAUCUUAUGAUGAUACUUCGAAUAUUCCGCCGUUAGGUGCUGCCAUCUUGUGCUGAUUUAGUUCUUUCAAAGUAUCUGCAGUAAUUACGCUGAUACGCUUACUGAAAAAUAAUUUUAUCUAAUAUAUUAUUUAACUGCUAUCAUGAUGUCUAAAUUUUCUCAGUACUUCAUAUUAUCGAUCUAUUUUUAGUUGUAAUACACCCUUGUGUAGUUACUGAUAAAAGUCAGAAAAAUUAAUAAAAACAGGGUACACAGGACACUGUCUGAACAAAAAUAUGAGCACAAAAUUCUUGUUUAUUGAAUCAAUGGAAAUUUGGAGUACUAUACCUCAAUAUCAUACGUUAUUGGAGACAUUCUUGGUUCUUUGGGUGAUAUGGUUUAUCGCUAAGAAAUAUUACGGUAAUGCUAGAAGAAUACCAACAGAAGAUGAAAUUAAAAAGAAACUUCUAGAAUGGCAGCCUGAACCUUUGAUAACUAGUUCACAGCCAAAUCAUUCAUCAUUAAGUCCAAGAUGCGUAACAUCCAGAGCUGGUAAAAGCAUAGUAGUUAAUGGGAAAGAAUGUUUAAAUCUUGGUACACAUAAUUACUUAGGUCUGAUAGAAAGUAAUGAAAUAGAAACAAAAGCAAUAGCAGCAGUAAGAAAGUAUGGAGUAGGCUCUUGUGGACCACGAGGAUUUUAUGGUACUGUUGAUGUUCAUUUGGAAUUAGAAGAACAUUUGGCUGAUUACACAGAUACAGAAGAAGCUGUAGUAUAUUCAUAUGGAUUUAGUACAAUUGCAUCUGCAGUUGCAGCAUAUUGUAAACGUAGAGAUCUUGUAUUUGUAGAUGAAAAAGUAAAUUUUGCUAUACAAAAAGGAUUAGAUGCAACUAAAGCUAAUAUCAUCUAUUUCAAGCAUAAUGAUGUUAAUGAUCUCUCUAGUUUACUAAUGAAACAGGCAAAACUUGAUGAACAAAAUCCGAAGAAAGCAGCUAAACUUAAACGUUUUCUAAUAGUUGAGGGUAUUUAUAUGAAUACUGGAAAUAUCUGUCCAUUACCACAGUUAGUUGCACUUUGUAAGAAAUAUAAGUUAAGAAUAUUUAUCGAUGAAUCGAUAUCAUUUGGAACUCUUGGUAAACAUGGAAAAGGUGUUACUGAGCACUUUGGUGUCCCUAGACAUGAAAUCGAUAUGAUUAUAGGAUCUCUAGAUUGGGCAAUAGGAUCUAUUGGUGGUUUUUGUGUGGGCACAUCAUUUAUUAUUGAACACCAGCGGUUAUCUGGACUUGGAUACUGUUUUUCUGCAUCUCUGCCACCUCUUCUAACAGCUGCUGCUAUUACGUCUUUAGAAAUCAUGAAAAAUAAUCCACAGAUAUUUAAGUCAUUAAAAGACAAUUGUAUAGCCAUACAUGAUGGACUUCAAAAUGUCAAUUCCUUAGAAUGCUUAAGUUUUCCAGAGUCUCCAGUAAAGCAUGUAUACUUGAAAGAAAAACUGGAUCGUAGCACAGAAGAAAAAUUACUUUCCAAAAUUUCAGAUAAAUGUAUCGAAAAUAAUGUAGCGAUUAUACCUCCUGCAUAUUUAGAAGCAGAAAAAAAUUUACCUAGGCCUAGUCUCAGACUUUGUGUCUCCACUCUCCUUAACAAAAGUGAUAUUGAUUUUGCCUUGAAUGUAUUAAAAAAAUGCACCGACGAAGUUUUAUCAAUAUAAAUCAAAAGACAAUCAAAAACUUUUUAAAGUAGUAUAUUUUACAUGAAUAUUAUUUCUUAUCAUUUCCAUGAAUUUAUACACUCAUUGCAGUUGUAGGAA